UUUCUUGAAGUAUCAGAGGCGUGAUGUUCACCGCACGAUAUUCCUUCUGCAUAUCAAACAAACAUUCAACGGUCGCGAUUAAGGUUUUCGCUGGCAUCAGCUUUAUACAAAACUUGAUACAUAGUUUCAUUUGCAUAAGGGAUAAACUUUAAGUAUGAGGGUUCGCGCACAAAUUACGUAGUGCUUUUCUGGGGGAUGGUUCGGUAGAUCGUGCCAGCUCUUGAUAUUAUGUUGGAGGCUCCGUACAUAAUGUGCGUCACUUAAAAUGAACAGCUUUUUCGUGACAUAUUCCAUGUAUAACCCUUGAGCGGGCCACUAAGCCAACGUAAGAAUUAAGAUAAGAUUGGCUAGGGAGGGAUAGUAGGUAUAGUCUAGACUCAACCGUUCCGGCAGUUAGGGCCAAGUAGUGAAUAUUGUUAGUUUGUAGUGAGUCGUCAUUGAUUUAACCCUUAAUCCUUCAAGAUGACAUCAAACAAGAAUUUUCGUGUGAUGGGCUUCAUUUAUACCGGCCUAUGUCUGACCGGAUCAUUUUUAUUGAUCAUCAAUUCAAGUAAUACAGUAAAAUCGAAUCGUCCUUUCCAUGGCGAAUCAAUCAGUGGCGUCAGCAUUGUGGUACUCAUUGCAUCUCUAGUUUCACUCAUUUUCAAUGCUCUUCUUACAUUUGGAAUGCUGAUGCAUCGAGUGGAAUUCAUCAGAUAUCAUUUACGCUUCAUCUCAACUAUUUACGUGCUGAUUCUUGUCGGAUUAUUCAUCGGUUGCAUUGUGGGUGGCAUCGCUCUAGGAAACAGCGGUGCAUCCGAUGCUAAUGAACUGGGUGCAGCGGCAAUCGGUAUGACAAUAUCGGUCAUGAUUGGGAUCACUUUUGUAACUCUGCAAUUUACCUUGAUUGUUUGGAUACUUAACGGAGUAAUACGUGUUAUCUCAAAUGAUGGUAUGCAUUUGGUGGCGUCUGAUGCUGCUAGUGAAAUGGCCUGAAGCAGAAAUGAGGAUUAAAUAUUCCUCUGUCGAAUAUUCUUUCUUGUGUUCUCGAAGUUAACAAAGUACAAAACAUAUAAAAAUCUAAUAAAUCGAAAAGCUAAAAUUCAUAA